AUGGCAUCUUUGGAAGCACAGCAGGAAAUCUUUGACUGUUCAGAAUUUGGAAAUGGAUCGUGCCCAGAAAAUGAAAGGUCUCUUGGGGUCCGAGUCGCCAUGUAUUCAUUUAUGGUAGGAGCCAUAUUUAUCACAAUCUUUGGGAAUCUGGCCAUGAUCAUUUCCAUUUCCUACUUCAAGCAGCUUCAGACACCAACCAACCUCCUCAUUCUCUCUAUGGCUGUCACUGACUUCCUGCUGGGGUUCACCAUCAUGCCUUAUAGCAUGGUCCGGUCGGUGGAGAACUGCUGGUAUUUUGGGUUUACAUUUUGCAAGAUCCAUUAUAGCUUUGACCUGAUGCUCAGCAUCACGUCCAUCUUCCAUCUAUGCUUAGUGGCUGUCGAUAGAUUUUAUGCCAUCUGUCACCCUUUGCGUUACUGCACCAAAAUGACAAUUCCAGUUGUCAAGCGGCUGCUGCUUCUCUGCUGGUCUGUCCCUGGAGCGUUCGCCUUUGGGGUCGUCUUCUCUGAGGCUUAUGCUGAUGGAAUUGAAGGCUAUGACCUUUUGGUUGUGUGUUCCAGUUCCUGCCCAGUCACAUUCAACAAGCUGUGGGGGACCACCUUGUUUGUGGCAGGUUUUUUUACUCCUAGCACUGUGAUGGUGGGUAUUUAUGGCAAAAUUUUUGCAGUAUCCAAAAAGCAUGCUCAUGCAAUUGGUAGCUUGCCAGAAAAUCAAAAUAAUCAAAUGAGGAAAGACAAAAAGGCAGCCAAAACCUUAGGAAUAGUGAUGGGGGUUUUCUUAUUGUGUUGGUUUCCCUGUUUCUUCACCAUUCUCUUAGAUCCCUUUCUGAAUUUCUCUACGCCUGUAAUUCUGUUUGAUGCCUUAACAUGGUUUGGUUAUUUUAAUUCCACAUGUAAUCCCUUAAUUUAUGGUUUCUUCUACCCCUGGUUUCGCAGAGCACUGAAGUACAUAUUGUUGGGUAAAAUUUUCAGCUCACAUUUCCAUAAUACUAACCUGUUUAUUCAAAAAGACACAGAAUAG